AUGAAGCUACCAGAAGCAUCAGAAACCCAGAACGCUCGCGACGAUAGGGUUGAGCAACUAUGGAGAAAGUUGGAUACAAAGCAGAGAGGCGAAAUCAAUCUGCAAGAGCUUCAAAAGGGGCUGCGGAGGAUCGAUCACCCUUUAAAGGAUGCCAGUGAUUUGCUCAGAGAUGUAGUAAAGGCUAUGGAUAAAAAUGGAGAUGAAGUUAUCCAAUAUGAGGAAUUUCGAUUAUUUGUCGAGAAAACGGAAAAGGAGUUGUUCGUCCUCUUCCAAGGCAUUGAUAAGGACCAUGACAACAGAUUGGAUAAAGAUGAAUUGCAAGUUGCAUUCAAGAAAGCAGGACUUACUAUUUCAAAACCCAAAUUAGACCUGUUCUUUACUGAGGUUGACAUGAAUAACGAUGGAUAUAUAACCUUCGAUGAAUGGAGAAACUUCUUAUUAUUUCUACCCGCUACAGCUUCUACCCAGCCUCUCAAGGCCGUACUAUCUUAUUAUCAAUCUGCAGUAUCUGUGAACGCCGAGGGCGAUACAUCAAUUCGAGAAGACACACUGGAAGGCCUAGGUACCAAAACAAAUUUUCUUAAGCUUCUUUUCGGGGCAGUUUUUAGUAUCGCAGAAUCGCAUCGUGGGCGCGCUUCCACAAUUCAUAUAGGAGAAGCACCUUCACCCAUAUCCUCCAACAAGAAAACCGCAAAAAUGGACAUGGCAGAAAUACAAGCACUUAAUGCUAUUGACCCUGUUGAUGAUGAAUAUGGCCGUGACAUAGACCCAAUUCAUCCAAGAACUGAAAUGAUGGCCAAUGUUCUGAGGGGACGUCAUCGACAAGAGCUGACCCAGGAAGUUUCUAAAAAGUUGAAGCCAUCAGAGAGAUCAAGGCUGACGGAGAUAUUACCUGAUCCAGGCUACUUCGCGGCGGGUGCUAUUGCUGGGAUCUUUUCCCGUACAGCAACAGCCCCUAUAGAUCGCUUGAAAGUUUACCUUAUCGCCAAUGUCUCUGCAAAGAGAGCGCCUCUCGAAGCCGCGAAGCAGGGAAAUGUGGCCGCAGUCGCUAAAAUGGCUGGACAGCCCAUAAUACUUGCUAUCAAGGAGCUUUGGAAUGCCGGUGGUAUUCGCAGCUUAUUUGCUGGUAAUGGCUUGAACGUCAUCAAAGUUAUGCCUGAAAGUGCUAUCAAAUUCGGCUCAUUUGAAGCUGCGAAGAAACAUCUGGCCCAAUUAGAAGGGCAUGGAAACUCUAGGAAGAUUAACCCUUAUUCAAAAUUUGUCGCGGGUGGUUUCGCUGGAAUAAUGUCGCACAUGCAAUGCGAAACUGUUGCUGGUGGCCUUCGCGGAAACGCUCUAAUCGUCGCUACCGCUAAACAGAUGUACAAACAAGGUGGGAUACGAUGCGCAUAUAGAGGUUUGACAAUGGGUCUGGUUGGCAUGUUUCCUUAUUCGGCUAUUGAUCUCGCCACUUUCGAAACUUUGAAGGCUUACACGACACGCCGAAAUAUGUCGCGCUUUGGCUAUAGUGCGGAGGAUGCGACACCAGGGCCAUUUGUUACAGGAGCUAUUGGUGCAUUCUCUGGGGCGUUCGGUGCAAGCAUAGUCUAUCCGAUCAAUCUCCUCCGCACUCGGUUACAAGCUCAAGGCACAGUUCUGCACCCUCCGACUUACACUGGUAUGAUGGAUGUUGCGCAGAAGACUAUUAAGAAUGAGGGCUUCCGCGGCUUGUACAAGGGUCUUGCACCAAAUUUAUUCAAGGUGGUACCUGCCGUCAGUAUCACAUAUGUCGUCUACGAGCAAGCUAAGAAGAGCAUGGACUUGCAUUAA